GCUCCGAGCCGAACACAUUUCCAGAGCAUGGGCAAGGGUGGAUCUGCUAGCGGCACGACGGCGGUGGAGCGGCUGGGCCCGCUCGCCGCCACGAUCCCGCUCGACGCGAAGGACGUGACCAAGCGCAGCAUCCGCGAGAGCAUCCCGCCGCACCUCUUCAAGCGCUCGUACGUCAAGUCGCUGGGCCACGUCGCGCUGGACCUCUGCUGGGUCGCGGGCACAUGGGUGGCUGCGCUGAUGGCGCUGCGGGUGCUCCCGGGGUUCUGCGCGCCGCUCGUCUGGUGCGCCUACUGGCUCUACCAGGGCAUCAACUGCACCGCGCUCUGGGUGCUGGCGCACGAGUGCGGACACGGCGGCUUCACGGACUCGAGGCUGGUGAACGACAUCGUCGGCUGGCUCCUCCACUCCUCCCUCCUCACGCCCUACUUCUCGUGGGCGAUCACGCACGCCAAGCACCACCACUACACGAACCACAUGACGAACGGAGAGACGUGGGUCCCGUCCACCGCCAGCCCCGACAAGGCCUCCGUCAAGUUCGCAAAGUCUGCCGCCGGGACGUGGCGCCGCAUCGUCGUCGUCGCGCUGCUGGGCUGGUACACGUACCUGCUCACCAACGCGACGGGCGCCAAGCAAAACGCGGGCCAGUCGCACUUCUCUCCGAGUGCGCGCGCGCUCUUCAAGCCGAAGGACGCCAACCUCGUCCGCGCCUCCAACCUCGGCAUGCUGCUGAUGGGCGGUGUGCUCGCUUGGUGCGUGAGCGUGUGGGGCGCCUCUGCGGUCUGCUUCAACUACCUCGUGCCGCAGACCGUCUGCGACUUCUUCCUGUGCGCCAUCACCUUCAUGCAGCACACACACGAGGCCGUCCCCCACUUCGACGCGGAGAAGUGGACCUGGCUGCGCGGCGCGCUCUCCACCAUCGACCGCUCGAUGGGCCCGCACGUCGACUGGAGGCUGCACCACAUCGUCGACUCACACGUGGUGCACCACAUCUUCUCCGAGAUGCCCUUCUACGGCGCCAAGGAGGCCACCCCGUACGUGCGCAAGCACCUCGGCGUCUACUACAAGUCGCACUUCGGCACGGCCGUCGGCGGCUCCGAGUUUCUCGGCUACUGGAAGGACUUUUACGAGUGCAUGCACAAGGCCGUCGUCGUCGGGCCCGGCGAGGACGGCUUCCUCUGGUUCCGCUGAGCCCCGCUCGCCCCCCGCUGUGCGGCGGCGGCGGCGGCGGCGGUGCGGAGGAUGGCGCGGCGCGUUGAGCGCGCCACGCCACAGUGCUCCGUCCCACCCGCCCUGGCGGCGUUGGCGCGUACUGAUGUAGUGCAGUCGGGAGAGAGAGAGAGCUAGAGAGAGAGAAGAGAGAGAGGGAGAUGGAGCUCACGCACGCCGGCCGCUCGCUGUGAGUUCUCACUCUCGACACGCGCGCCUAACCCUCUAUACUGUGUGUCCCCUGUCCGUUGGAGUCACCUGUGUUUGCCCACCUUCGGCAUCGCUGGGAGUGGGGGCACCUCCCGGUCAAGGGAGACCUAUAUUCUGUUCGGUGUGUGAUAAAAGUGAUCGCGGAUCCGCA